CGCCGAGAGUGAGAGUGUAUUGGCAGCCAUCGAGAAUAGUUUACGCGAAGAAGAAACAUAGAGUACGCAGAAAAUAAAGGUUAGCUAAAUCCGUGCGAAGAAGAUGACCAGUUUCCGUAAGAAAGCAGUCACGAAGCCGAUCCGCGGCACCCGCACCUCGCCGCACACGGCCCAGGUGAUCACCUCCAGCGGGAAUCCCUAUCUGGACGUGGUCAUCGGCGGUGGCUUGCCCAUGAGCUCAAUCUGCCUGAUUGAGGAGGAUCGCUUUAUGACCCACGCCAAGGUGCUGGCCAAGUACUUCCUGGCUGAGGGAGUGCUCUCCAAGCAGGAGAUAUUUCUGGGCAGCCUGGACGAUAUUCCGGCGGAGAUGCUCCGCCGUCUGCCCAAGCCGCUGACCGAGCUGGAAACGGAGGUGGAGCAGCGCGAGGAUCAGGCCCAUGGCGCUGGCGGCGCCGAGAAUGGCCUGAGGAUUGCCUGGCGGUACAACGACCUGCCCCUGGUCAAUUCCGAGCAUGCCACAGCCAAGAUCGGUCAUCACUUCAAUCUAAUGGAGCAAAUGGACUCGAUGAUGCUCUAUUAUGCCAAUACCACCAUGUGGGACGAUAGCCACAAGGAGACAUUGUGGGACAUUGUCGUUGCCGAGGAGCUCUCCAAGAGCAGCUCGGCGACCACUUCAUCGUUGGAGCAGCAGCCCGUGGAGGAAGCCCCGCCGAUUCCAGGCGAGGAGACCACUCUGCAGGAGAAGAUUCCGGCCCAGGAAGAAAGCUCAGCUAACAACAACAAUAAUAACAACAACAACAGCAGCAGCGUGACCAGCAGCACAAAAACAGGCAGCCAGGAGGCGCAACCGCAGGUCUUCCAUAAUCCUCGAUACGGAGGACUGCUCAACGACAUCCAAGACCUGUUGCGGGAUGAGAGCUUCGUGGCUGGGACCAAGAAGAACCUGUGUCGAGUCUGCCUGACCUCGUUGGGAUCACCGCUGUGGUACGACGAGCACUUUGGCGAGGAUCUGAUCAAGUUCCUCACCCUGCUGAUGGCCAGUGUGCGGAACUGCAACGCGGUGUGCCUGAUCACGAUGCCCAUGCACCUGAUUGCAAAGUACGAUGCCAGCCUGGUGCCCAAGAUCCGCCAGCUGGUGGACUAUGCCAUCGAGCUGGAGUCUUUUGCCGGAUCGGAACGUGAAACGCAUCCGGCCUUCAAGGAAUACAGUGGCCUGCUCCACUUGCACAAAAUGUCGGCGCUGAACACGCUAGCCGUCCACAUGCCGGACACCACGGAUCUGGCCUUUAAAUUGCGCCGCAAGAAGUUCGUCAUUGAGAAGUUCCACCUGCCGCCGGAGCUGCAGGAGUCGUCUGCUAAGCCGGACAAUUGCAUCUCCGGCCUACUGAGCAAUUCCAAUGCCACGGCCUCGCUGGAUUUCUAGCUGUCAGCGGGAUUAGAACCUAAGUGCGCGUAUGUAACCACGAAACAACAACUAAAUUGCAUAAUAAUAAGCCAAGUAAAUGCAUUAAUAUAUCAGCCCUGA